AUACUGCGUUGAAUAAACUGGCUUUCUAUCUUCCUUUUCUUGUCGCGCUGCGCUGCGUCAGGAAACGAAAAUGCAGCUAAAAAAAGUGAACAGUUGGAACCUACAAAGCGACAGUUUCAACUUCAGUUUCAAAUCCUCAGUCCUCACGCUUUCACGCACUUAUUAUUAAAGCCGCAGACGCAGGUAGUCAGUCCUCCUAAAUUUCAAAGCGCACUUAAAGCUAGCGGAAGAAGAAGAAACCGGACCGUAAGUGAUCGACUCCGGCCCACAGAGAAGAAGAAGAAGAAGAAGAAGAAGAAAAUAUUCGCGAUUCGAUCGACUUGUCGGAGAAUCAUCAUUGCCCGAUGAAAGCGAGAGCGAAAGCGCCUUGGACCGUCGUCACCAAGCUAGGUUUACCGGCCGUCUUCCUCCUCUGCUCCUUCUUCUUCCUCGCCGGCUUCUUCGGCUCCACUCUCCUCUCUCAGGAUGUCCCCGGCGUGCGGAGGCCGAGGAUGUUGGAAUCGGUCGACGAGGAGAUCGAUUUCGAUCUGUUGCCGAACGGGGAGACCGGAGAAUCUUCUAUUUCAAGGAUCCCCUUCCAGGUUUUAAGCUGGAAACCGCGUGCAUUAUAUUUUCCUAAUUUUGCUACUGCAGAACAAUGCAAAAGUAUAAUUGAAAUGGCAACCGUAAACCUUACUCCAUCAACCUUGGCUUUACGAAAAGGAGAAACAGAAGAGAACACCAAGGGAAUUAGAACAAGUUCUGGCACAUUCAUUAGUGCAUCUGAAGACAAAACUGGGAUCUUGCAAAAUGUUGAGGAAAAGAUUGCAAAGGUUACAAUGAUUCCCAGGAUCAACGGAGAGGCAUUCAACAUAUUGCGUUAUGAGAUCGGCCAGAGGUAUAAUUGUCAUUAUGAUGCAUUCAAUCCUGCUGAAUAUGGUCCACAAAAGAGCCAGAGGAUUGCUUCUUUUCUGUUGUAUUUAUCUGAUGUUGAAGAAGGUGGAGAAACCAUGUUUCCAUUUGAGAAUGGCUCAAACAUGGAUCUCAAUUAUGAUUUCCAAAAGUGUGUCGGUUUGAAAGUAAAACCACGACAAGGAGACGGACUUCUGUUCUAUUCAUUGUUCCCAAAUGGUACAAUUGAUCCAGCAUCGCUUCAUGGAAGCUGUCCAGUGAUUAAAGGAGUGAAAUGGGUAGCUACCAAGUGGAUCAGAGAUGUCGAACAAGAUGACUAAUAUUCUUGCCCUACAUUUUUAACUAUUUUGUGAUACAAAAUUUUGCUGUUGAUAUGAUCUUUUGGCAAAAAUAAAAAAAAAAAUAAAAUAAAGGAGAGCAGUGCAUGCAUGCUUCUCGGCUUCCCACUACCUCUGCCCAUUAGCCUCCAAUGACAGAGAAUAUAGUAUAUAUAUAUAUAUGUUAUGAUGUCUUGUAUCUCACGCCCAUGUUAGUACUAGAAAGUGCAACUGUAGUUUUACGGCGAACGGUUCAUUUUAGCAUGCAUUUGUAGCAUGCGAGUCAAUGGAAUUACGUAUAUGUGCUUGCUUGUUA